AUGGCAGACAAGCCAGACAUGGGGGAAAUCGCCAGCUUCAAUAAGGCCAAGCUGAAGAAGACCGAGACGCAGGAGAAGAACACCCUGCCGACCAAAGAGACCAUUGAACAGGAAAAAAGGAGUGAAACUUCCUAAAAGUCCAGACUGGAGGAUUACCCCACCCCACCCCGUCAUCUCCGAGACCCCCUCGUGAUGUGGAGGAAGAGCCACCUACAAGAUGGACGCAAGCCACAAGCUGCACUGUGAACCGGGGCACUUGGCGCCGAUGCCACCGGCC